AACAUUUUGGACUACAAUUGCAUCACCACACUCACCGCACCACCGACCACUGCCUCCGUACGCGUCCCUCUGGCGGAAAAUCGGUCCUAGUGCCGAGCUCGUUUUGUUUGGAUCUUCUGUAUAUCUAUUAAGGAGGCUUCUCCAUCUCCUCGGAGCAGCAAGGCUGUGCAGCAAUGGAGAAGUAUAACAGCAACACUCAAUUUGCACCAUUGAGAGAGACUCCGUUUGCCCUCCGUGGUGCUCUUGGUAGUUCAAGCUCAUAUCUUGAGCAAGCCAGGGGCUACACAUCUUCCCCUGUAGCAGCUCUGCGCCCAAAGAUGUCUACACCUGGAAAUCGACUCCUGCAUACGAGCUGCCCCCUGUCAUCUGCUGUAGCGAACCGCCCGCUGUCGCCCCAUCUUCCUCUGAAGAAGCCACAGUUCAGCGCUACUUUCUCUAUCUCGCACCGUAUCUUCGGUGUCGCGCUGGGAGUUGCCAUCAUAUCCGUCCCCCUCGCCACCAAGUUCAGCCUGAUGUUUGGCGUUUGAGAGCGAUUUGCUGCAUCUUAUGAGGAACUGCAUUUCCCCGUUCCUGUGACUGUUUCAUCGUUCGUCUGGGUUACCUUGCAACACAACUUUAGGUGCAGUUGGAAUAACAUCUUUGUCAUGCUGACAGACUUCUGUAAUACAGUAAUAAGUAAAACUAUAAAAUAUCAGUGCAAGGAGGUUUGCCCCA